GGUCUAAUUUGUAGCUUAAGUCUAAGCACGCAAGGAACGAAUUUCCAAUAUAAAAAGAUAUAUAUAAAAGCCUUAAUCCCCUCGCAAACUUCACCGUUACUUGCGCUGGUAUCUCUCUUUCACCAACCCCUUUUCGUUCUUCCGCGCCUUAACACGGCUUUUCUUCCAAAUUCUGAUCUGUACCGAUUCAAGGAGAAGCACUCGGGGAUUGAUCAAGGUUUGUUGUACUGCAAACAUGGAGCCAUCAGCAAUGGCGAGACAGGUGCAGAACCAUCAGAAGUUGAAUUCCAGGGUUGCUAAAGAGAAUGAUACGAUGUUAGGGACUCUUAUUUCUCAAAAGUCUGGUAUUGAUUUAAUGCAAAACUGUGAUCUCCCUCCACCUCUGAAGGUCUUUACAGGGGUGGAUAAGGCGGUUGCUUUGUCGAUGAAUAGAGUUUGCAGCACGGGACGAGAGACUGAUAAAGACGAUCAUGAGUUUCUGGUAUUUAGAAAUGAAGGUGAGGAUGACAAGUUGGAGCUUUUGAAGGCGUUGAGAUUGUCUCAAACGCGUGCAAGGGAAGCAGAAAAGAAGGCAGCAGGCUUGGCUAAGGAGAGGGAGCGUAUAUCGAAUGCCUUUGUGAAGGAUUCGUUGCAGUUGUUCGCUUAUCGGCAGUGGGUGAGAUUGCUUGAGAUUCAAGUCUCAAACCUGCAAUCCCAGUUGCCAAAGCAAGAGAAGCAUUGUUGUGACAAACCAGAAGGGAAAAGAUUGCUGCCAGAGGGAAAUGAGGGCGGAAAUGGGGAUGAGAUGUCGUGGUUAGUUGCUUUGGCGCUUUGCCUUGGCAUUGCUAGUGUGGGUUUUGCAUUUGGUUAUAGAUAUUUGCUCUGAAUGCUAUUGUAUCAGUAGUAAUAGGAGAACCUUUA